CUCCGCGCCCUCCCCGCCUCCUCCGGGUGCCGGGCCCGUCGGUCCUCCCGAGAUGCUACUGCCGAGGUUGCUGUUGCGGUGCGUGCCGCUGCCUAUCCGCCGGCUCCACCGCGGUGGCGCGGGUGUGUCUGAGGGCGCGCUAGAGCCGAGCCAUGCAGCUGGGAGCUGCGCUGCAGGCUGUGCUGCUGGCGGUGCUGCUGGCGGAGCCCGGGGGCGCGACGGGUCGUCUGCUAAGCGCCCCGGACUUGGACCUCAGAGGAGGGCAGCCGGUCUGCCGGGGAGGGACACAAAGGCCUUGUUAUAAAGUCAUUUACUUCCAUGAUGCUUCUCGAAGACUGAACUUUGAAGAAGCCAGAGCAGCCUGCCGGAGGGAUGGGGGCCAGCUUGUCAGCAUCGAGUCUGAAGAUGAACAGAGACUGAUAGAAAAGUUCAUUGAAAAUCUCCUGGCAUCUGAUGGUGAUUUCUGGAUUGGGCUCAGGAGGCGUGAGGAGAAACAAAGCAAUAGCACAGCCUGCCAGGACCUUUAUGUUUGGACCGAUGGCAGCAUAUCAACAUUCAGGAACUGGUAUGUGGAUGAGCCUUCCUGUGGCAGCGAGGUCUGCGUGGUCAUGUACCAUCAGCCAUCAGCACCCACCGGAAUCGGGGGCCCCUACAUGUUCCAGUGGAAUGACGACCGAUGCAACAUGAAAAACAAUUUCAUUUGCAAAUACUCCGAUGAGAAUCCAACAGCUCCUUCUACGGGGCCAGGAGGUGAAGGAACAGAGCCAGCCACCCCCAUCCUUCCAGGAGACAAAGAGAAAGAAGAGGCCAAAGAAAUAUUUAAAGAAAACAAAGAAGCUGCCUUGAAUCUUGCCUACAUCCUAAUCCCCAGCAUUCCCCUUCUCCUCCUCCUUGUCAUCACCACAGUUGUAUGUUGGGUUUGGAUCUGUAGAAGGAGGAAACGGGAGCAGCCAGGCCCCAGCACGAAGGAGCAGCACAGCAUUUGGCCCUCUCCUCAUCAAGGAAACAGUCCAGACCUAGAGGUUUACAACGUCAUCCGAAAACAAAGUGAAGCUGAUUUAGCCGAGACCCGGCCAGACCUGAAAAACAUCUCAUUCCGAGUAUGUUCGGGAGAAGGCACUCCCGAUGACAUGUCUUGUGACUAUGACAACAUGGCUGUGAACCCAUCUGAGAGUGGAUUUGUGACUCUGGCGAGCAUAGAGAGUGGCUUUGUGACCAAUGACAUUUAUGAGUUCUCUCCAGACCGAAUGGGGAGGAGCAAGGAAUCCGGAUGGGUGGAAAAUGAAAUAUAUGGUUAUUAGGACACACGAAAAAGGACUUGAACUAACAAGAACGGGAAAGAAAAGAAGCAAAAUUCUCCUAUUUUCUGUAAGGAAGACACUCAGAAGGCCUAUGAAAAUGUUCAGAUCAGGUCCUGGGUGUGAGCAUGUGACCCCCAUGAGCCCCUACUGGAUCCCCAAGUUUGGACUGUAGCCCUUAUUCCAGCCUCUCACCCAGCUCGACUUUAUGAGAAAGCACCUUGCCCAGGGUCUGGCACAUAGUUGAAAAUACAUGUCAAUUGAUCGGUUAUAGCUGACAUUCAAGGGACAGUGCUUUCAUUGGCAGGGAUAGGCUGUGGAUGUGGGACUUGGGAAGCCCAUCCGCAGGUUCUGUUUUCCUUGCUCUAUACAGCAGCACACAUAAUCACAAAGAGACAGAAAUUACAGAGGCUUUCAAAGCCAAUAUGUGCUGGCAUCAGGCUGGCCUGUGCAUCAGCAAUUCUUAUAUCUUUUUUUUUUCCCAAAGAAUUGAAUCAAAUAAAAAGCAGGAAGCAGAAUGUUAGUCAAUCUGUGUCUACAGCCCUUCCUCUGCAUAUGGUCUCAGGGGACCUUUUUCCUUUCUCUGACAACUAAACUUGGAAAUAUCCAACUUGGAAUACUUUAGAAACUAAAAAUGAAAUUUGAGUCUUGGCAUCUAGGCUUAUGUGUGUUUCCCAGCCCUGAUAUUGCAUGUUGUUCUGUUCGUUUGUUUUAGUGCAGCAUCAAUGUAAUAUUACUAAUAAUGAAAGUAAUUCUUCCUUUUUGUUUGAGGGACCUGAGUAUUUCUAAUACCUUUGGACUCAAAUCCAGAGAAAAGCUUCAUAGCCUAACAUCAGUUAUUUGCCUUUAGAAGGUCUCAGGGCCGUUAUUUAAAUCACUAGCAACCUCUCUCUAUCAGUUGAAUGAUCCUAUUAUUUUAACCAUUCUUCAUAUAUCUUAUUUUUGAAGAGUUUUGUCACUUUGCCUCACAUAUGGAGCGCCAAACUAGAUAAAAUUAACUAGUCUGGGUCAGAGCCGUAUGGAAUGCAGUAUAUUGUAUUCACUACCCAGUGACCCCGUCCUACUGGGGUAAGGAACAGGGUGGAUACAAAAACAUCAUUUAUGCCUGCUUCGGGGAAGUGUGUUUUUUGGAAUUACAACAUUUCAAGCAAAAACAGUGAUCACAUGGUCCAAAGGACUAAUUCGUUACUGUAAAACACCAAAGUUCCCAUUUUGCGUCACACAUCUUGGCUCUGUGACCUGUCCUUUUAUCCUCCCUUGAGCCCCUCCACGCUGGCCCCUAUUAGGCUACAAGCUCCAUGUGGAUAGGGAUCCUAUCUGCCCUGUCAGCUCUGUACCUCCUACGACCAAGAAAGACAGCACCUCGCACAGAGUAGACAGUAAACACUUGUUGAAUGGGUGACAAUUCAUCUUUCAGACUAAUAUAAAAUAGCCUAAAUAUUUUAGCUUAAAAGUUUGUAGGACCUGUUUUUCACACCCCACCUAGGUGGGGGAGGCAGUUGAGAAAUUUUAGUUUGAAAAGCACUCCUACCGCCUAGAAAGAAAGGGGCAUAGUAACAAGUAAACAAAGGUGGUGAAUUGUGCUAACAACUUAUGUUAAUCAUGUCACUAAAACUUGAAAUGAGAACCCAUUCUUAAGGUUAUAAUCAGAGUGACCUCUUCAACCUCUUCCCUUUGUCGUUUGUGCAACAUCUCUGCUGGGACCCACAGAUCUCUUCCUUCUGGGUUUGCGCUUGGCCAGUCUUACCCUGUGUUUAAAUUAUUCGAUUCCUUUUUCCUCCUUAGAUUUACUUGCCUGAAUUUAUCCAACUCCGUUUCUAUCUCUGAUAAUUGCACUUCACUAAUUUAACACACUUUAUUGUUUGCUAUGUUCAUAUUGAACCCUGAGCUUUUUCACCCUAGUAUGGUUUCAAAAUUUAGUAAACCUGUUUCAUCAUUUAAAAACCAUAGUUCCCAGCUUUUUUCCCUCACUGGGACACAUACAACAGCUGAAAUGUAUGUAUCAAAUAAUUCCUCGUGUCUAUCCACUUGAAUUUAUUGAAUACCUACUAUGUGCCAUAUACUGUGCUACGUGUGACACACAGCCAGAUUUCAGGACAAGGCUUAGAUAAGUUUGGCUGUAGGUUACAUACAUUUCCCAAUAUGUUAGCUAUAAAGCUCUUUUUUUUUCUCAUGUUAUUCAUUCCUUAUUCACGAAGUUUAAGCAUACCUACUUUGUGUCAGAAAAAAUGCUAAGUGCUAGGCAUGUCAUGGUAAAUAAGACAGACAAAGGCUCCAUCUUAUGGAACUUACAUAAGUAAGCUUAUAUUUUGAGUGGGAAAAGAAGAUACAUUAGAACAUAAGUGAGAAAAAGAGAAUUUGCUGUAAUUUGGUGUUUUUUGGUUUUUGUGUGUUUUUUGUUGUUGUUGUUGUUUUGUCUGUGUGCAACUCUUCCUAUUAUUCCUCCUCUCCUUUCCCUUCUCUUUCCUUCCUCUCUGUUCCUGAACAUUUACUUCAGUCCCGAAGCUAUUAGUUAAGUCAGGGGAAGGUAGGCAUCCAUAUCCAGGGAGCUGGGGGGACUUGGUAGCUCAGGAUGAGGUGCCGGCCUGAGCAGGGUGAGAAACAGGUCCGUGCUGAGGAGAGACCUUGCUCGCAUGUGACCUGAGUGUGUGAGGAGGCCGUCACGCAGGGCAUGGGGCAGCAGCCACCGCGGAAUAUUGGUUGCAUACAGGGGGAUUGAUGAAAUAAGUAAGCAUACUAAGGAUAAGUAGAACCAGGUUUCUCGCUGCCAGAGAAAGGAGUUGCAGGUGUGCAAAGGGAAAAACUGGAGUGGAAUCUGUGGCAUUGUAUUGAAAUUAAAAACACUGUUAUGACCUCAUGAUUUUCCAUGUAGAGUAUAUAUACCACAUAUAUGUGUAUGCAUGUACACACAUAUAUCCAGAGCUAGCACUCAGAUCUUGGCUUCUCAAUAACAUUCUUCAUGAAAAUAAACCAGGACUCCUUUUAAAAAAAAAAAUGGCUGAUUCCAUGGCUGGAGCAGGGAAAAUACUAGAUUAAUUUGGAAAAAAAAAAUUUUUUUUUUUUUAAGCUGAGUCAUCCUGCUACCUGUUGGCGGAAAAUUUUUUUGUACCAGAAAGCAAGGAAAUUUUCAAGAAUGAUGAGAAUUUGUCAGUAGAUCAAAGGAGCCAGCUGAUAGUGGCCAAAUGUGGAAUAAUUUGAGCAUCAAAAUUAAUAAUUAUAGUGAUGGAUUAUAACCCAUUGGAUAAACAGGAUGAAUCCACACUGAUAUAAAAUAAUAAAUUGAUAUUUUGAUGAGUUAUGGAAUAUUUACGUAGUUUCAAAGUAUGCUCACAAAAUGCUCAUUAAUUACAAAGGCAACACUGCAUGCAGACCCCACAUUAAAUCAAAUAAUCAAUGUGAACAUCAUCAAUAAUGGGACAAAUUGAAAUUAUAAGUCACCUAAUCAGAUACACAGAUGAACUCAGCAUCAUAUCUGUGAUAUUUCUGCCAAAGAUGCAUAAUCUGAAUCUAAUUAUGAGGAAGCAUCAUGCAAAAACAAAUUGAUGGAUAUUCUAUAAAAUAAUUGCAAACUUUAAAAGUCUCAAGGUAAUGAAAGUCAAAAAGGACUGAGAAACUACUCUAAAGUGAAUGAGAUUAAAAAGAGCUGACAACUAAAAGCAUUGUUUUACUCUGAACCGACUCCUUUUGCUAUUAAGGAAAUUAUUGGAACAUUUGGCAACACUUAGAUGGGGUCUGAGGACAAAACACCAGUACUUUUUCAGUGUUGGUUUCCUGAUUUUGAUGGCUGUAUUGAGGUCAUCUAAGAGAAUGUCCUUAUUUGUGGAAAACACAUGAGAGUAUUAAGGGACGAUGGGACAUCAAGUUGACAACUUACUCUCAGAUGGUUCUGGGGGGAAAAUGUUCUUUGUACUGUACUUACAACUUUCCUUUUAGUUUGAAGUUGUUUGGGGGAAAGUAUUUGUAAACAAUGGCACUGUAAUUAAUUGUAACAUAUUACCUGCAAUACGCCUUGCAUCUAAGCUCGACACACCAGUUUGUUAUGAUGUUGUGGUUGAAAGCAUUUGAUCCAAGACAAAAUGAAUCAUUGUUAAAGCUGUUCAUCAAUACCCCCAUCCCAGGCUCAGGCUCAAUGCCCACAUCCCACUUGGCCAUGUUCUUGCAGGCUACGGGAAGCCAUAAUGAGUACUUCCUGAUUCGGACCACUACCCCCAAAAUGUCAAUUCAGGAAUUCCUUUCUUCCAUGAUUUCCCAAUUGUUCCCCCAUGAAAACACAAACAAAUUGGUGUGAUCUAGAUAAACUCUAAGGUGUCUUCCAACUCUAAAAUCAGUUGGUUUCAAUGUGAUUUUUUUCCUAGUUUAUUGUUGAAUAUGUUACGCUACAUGACUUCUGAAUUUGUAGUAAAACAUACUGAAUGGUGGAUAGCAAACUAUAGAGAGAGGUGCCAAACAAAGGUCUAGGAAAUUGCACGCUAGGAGAUGGAAAAGCAACAAAGCCAAUUUUUCUGUACAGCCCCUCUUUUUUUCUUUCAAAGAGCAGUUAAUGGUUAGUAAUUGCUAAUUAAUUUAUUUUUGAAUCCUGAGUUUGAACAGCAGAAAGAAAUGGUGUCUAGAAUGAGUCAUCAGAGCAGUACAUCAGGAGAAACCAGUUUUUCAAAAUAGAAUAAGACCUGGUUAGGUCUCAAAAAUAUGUGGGUUUUGAAAAUGUAAAGCUGUUAAAUAUAUAUUAUCACAAAAUAGGUACUCAAGAGUUUUCUAUGGUGGGUUAUAUUAUUUUAAUCAGCAAAAUUUAGAUCCCUUCAGGGGCUCAACAUUUGUGCUGUUUUGUUCUAAUUUUUUAUUAUAUCACUUGUGUUUGGUUGAAAGUAGGAUCAAACAGAAUUCAUAAUUGCUUGAUUGUAUUGGUGUAAUUAAGGGAAAAGGCCAAUGAGCAUUUCAUGCAACUUUUGCUGGGAAGUUGGAAACGGCUUUGAUUGAUUUUACCACCAGGUGGCAGUGUUAGGACGCCAUAGAAAUUUUGCUUCGUGCUAAUGUUCAUUAGUUUCUAGCAAGUAAUUUCCUGCAGUUUUAAGGAAAGGGGCAGUAAAAAAAGAAAGAAAGAAAAGAAAAAUGAUGUAAGGAGAAAUA